AUGACUACGGCAGAGACGAUCAACGUGACGGCACAGCCGAUCAAGGAAGUGCCACACGAUACGAGCAUGUUCCUCCAGACGACGGCCGCUCAAGGCAUUGCUGGCAUAUUCGUGUGGGCAGCACUUUUCAUUACUUGUCAACAGAUUUACCAACAUCUCCGUUGGUACACAAACCCAUCGGAGCAACGUUGGAUAGUGCGUAUAUUAUUCAUCGUACCAAUAUACGGCUGUUACAGUUGGAUCUCGUUGCUAUUUUUUAAUGGCAACUCCUACUAUGUAUACUUCUUCACCGUCAGAGAUUGCUAUGAAGCGUUCGUGAUCUACAGUUUCCUAUCACUCUGCUAUGAGUACUUAGGCGGCGAGGGGAACAUUAUGUCAGAACUCCGGGGCCGACCGGUGCGAGCUUCGUGCGUCAAUGGCACUUGUUGUCUCAGCGGCGCCACUUAUACCAUCGGCUUUCUACGGUUCUGCAAACAGGCAACACUCCAGUUCUGUCUUAUCAAACCUGUGUGCGCCUUUAUUAUUAUAUUCCUGCAGGCUAGAGGUCUGUACCAUGACGGUGACUGGAGCCCCGACGGCGGUUACAUCUACAUUACUAUCGUGUACAAUUUCUCCGUGAGCUUGGCCCUCUACGGUCUAUUCCUCUUCCUUGGUGCUACAAGGGAGAUGCUCAAGCCGUUUGAUCCGGUCCUCAAGUUCUUCACAGUGAAAUCUGUCAUUUUCUUGUCAUUUUGGCAAGGAGUAGCCCUAGCCAUCCUAGAGAAGGCUGAAGUGAUAUCGCCCAUACACGAUGAGCUCGGCGUGCCCACCACAGCUGGUACGGUGUCCGCCGGCUACCAGAACUUUUUGAUUUGCCUUGAGAUGUUGGCGGCCGCCAUCGCGCUCCGCUACGCUUUCCCCGCCGUCGUGUAUGCACACGCGCACCGCGACCCGCACCGCUCCGUCACUAUGCAGUCCAUCUCUAGUAGCCUCAAGGAGACAAUGAACCCUAAGGACAUAAUGACGGAUGCGUUCCACAAUUUCCACCCACAGUAUCAACAAUACACCCAAUACAGCUCCGAUGUCACUUCUCACCUGCCUUAUGAGAAACUAUAA